CUGCCCUCAGCCAGGGCGGACCCUUUGGAGGUCAACAUUACUGGCCUGGUCUCCUUUACCAUGCAGGCCCACCUGCUCCCCGCUAUGCACUUCUGUUUGUUUUGUUUUGUUUUGGCAGGAUCCCCUUAGUGAGUAGAGAUUUGGAGAAGUUGGGAUCCUGCCUUCCUGCUGUCCCCGCUUGGGAGCACAGCAGCCAGAGGUGGCUUCUGAGCAGCAGCCCCUUGGGGAGAUAGCUCCAGGCCCUUGCUCUGUGGCUGCUGGGAAUGGGGCCCUGCUCACAGCAUGGAAUUAGCACUCUGGCUAACCCCACAAGGAGUCCUGUUCAAGCACCUCUAGAGGCAGAGGAGUCCCUGGGGGCCAGGCCUGGUACCAGAGACAGAGGACAGUCCUCACAGUAUGAGCAGACACCCAGGUACUUCUGGUUGCCAGGUUCUGUUCCUCAUGUGGUAGGUGGUGGCCACCCUGGGUACUCCUGCUUCCCUUUCUGGGUUCCCACCCCCACCGUGGGCAGAGACAAACUCCACACGCCUUGUGUCUGCUGUGGGUGUAGGCCCUGCCACACCCCUUCUCUCUGCCAGGUGUCGUAUCAUCAGGUACUUUAUACCAUCUUCUCACCAGAACGUCUGUUAGGCCAACCCUCUGAACUAGGGUGGUAUCAUCCCCAUUUUAUAGAUGAGGACAUUGAGACUCAGAAUGUUAAUCGAUCAGUCCAGGAAAGUAACGGCAGAUGCAGGAUUUCAAAGCCUUUGGGCUUUUCCACUUGAACUAACAGAGUGCGAGAUAGUCUAGGCUGGGAAGUGAAGAGUCCUGACCUUUCUAGCUGGAGCACACAUGCUGCUCACCCCCACUGGCAGCUGCCAUGGCUCAGCUGCCCGCAGCCACAUUCACUGCUCUUUAUCAAAGGUGCAUGGCCACAUACUACCAUAUGUGUCUCUCCCGUAGUUUCCUUUGUCCUCCCUAGGCCCCCAAAAGCUAGCUGGAGGUUGAUGGAGCCCAUGAGCCCUUUCCCAGCCUGUCCCCUCUGGGUGUGAGAGGCUUCCCCCAGGCCCUCCACUGAGAGGCUGGAGGGCAGCCAGUUUGCUUUGCUGCUGGUAUCGGAACCCUGUGGGGCUUCCUUCAGUGACCUUUACACAUACUUCAUGGUGUGUUGAAGGUGACGGCAUGAGGUGAGAAGAAGCUACUGCUCAGAGCUGUGCUAUGGGAAAAGGCUCCAGGUCCAGGCAGGAAAAAGGCUGGGACAGGCCUGAGGCCAGGCUGGGCUUCUGACCAGACCCUGGAGAAGCCUCAGCAGAGAUAAAAAAAAGUCAGAAGUCAGGCAGUUGCUGACCAGAGGACAGAGGUUUCUAUGGAGACCAGAGGAACAGGAAGCAUAGCGUCUGGGGGAAGGGGGUAUUUGGAACAUAGGGACUUAGGUGCCAGGUAGGAGAGCUUGUCAUAAAAUGUCAAAUCAGCCAGGCUAACAGCCUCCUUGGACAAAUAAAGAAACUGAGGCCUGUGAACGGACAGCUUGGCACAUGGUCACACAACACUGGCCUGGCCUGCCUUGCUCCCAUCUCUGAGUGACUGUACCUAGACAGACAUGGACCUGGGGCUGCCCGGCAAUGUGCGGGCCAGAGCACUGUGGGAGCACCCCUAAGCUGGCCCCUUGUUGUGAGGCAAGAUGUAUAGGCGACCUCAUCCUUCUGGCCUCUCUUGUCUGUGGGGCUCAGGGGCAGCAGGCCGGGCCCAGCCCUCACGGCCGCCCACAGAGUGCCUGCAGCACCUCCCCCUCCCCUAACUGUGGCCUUUUGUUUUCUGGGCGACACUAGCAUCAGGCGGUAUGUCCGGGUGACUAAUCUCCUCCAGGCUGGGCAGCUGUCACAGGGCAGCCUGACUAGACGGGCGGAGAAAGCUGACACCGUGGGGGAAUGCUGGCAAGCCAGUGCCCUGGCAGCAGUGGGCAGCUGGGCCUUCAGGCUCCUCUUCCUAGGUGCAGAGCAGACCCUAAGUCAAGGAGACCAGCGUUCAGGUCCUGGUUCUGCCACUGACCAGCUGUGUGGCCUUGGGCACAUUGCUCUACCUCUUCAAGCCUUUGCUCCGUCAUCUCUGUAACGGAGCCAUUCGUCCUGCUGCCUCACGUGGUUGUGGCGAGGAUCCGAUGAGAUGGUAACUUAAAGUGCUCAGCCCAGGGCCUGGCACUUAGUAGGUGUUCAGUAAAUGGGACCAUUAUGGUUCUUAUUAUGGUUCCCUUCCCUACCCCGUCCCACUUUAGUCUCAGCCUCGUGGCCCAAGAGGAAAGACCCUACUCCCCACAGCAUCUCUGGAGUGCAGGCUUUGCCUUCACAUAGAGUUGGGUUCCAGCAUUGGCACUAAAGUGACUAGCUGUGGACUUCGGGCAAGUUGCUUCUUUGUGCCUCAGUUUCCCAUCAGGAACAUGGCAUGAAACAAUACCUAUUUAGGGUUACUAUGGCUUAUUAAAUGAUAUACAUGUUUGUAAAGAGCUCAACCCAGUGCCUGACACUUGGGGGAACUCAGUAAAUGUUAGCCAGGAUGAUAUUGAUUUUAGGAGGCAGCCAAAGGCUCUCUCCUCUGGUCACCCACAGAGCUUACCUCCUGCCUUCUUCCCUAUCACCUGCAGGGACUGGGACUAUAACAGGCAGAGAACAAGAGCCGAGUCUCGAACACUGCUCCCCCAAGAAUGGCAGCCUCCACUCCUCACUGAUCACAGGAGCUCAGACACCUUGGCUCCCAUCUGCCUCCCCUCCAGUAUCCCUGCACCCAUCCAGGCUCUGGCCUGACGCUGCCUUCUCAGACCCAUGGGGCAGUAGAAAAUCAAAGCGGGUGGGUAGGUAGGUGGGUGGGAGGAGUAGACGAUAGACAUGCAGCGAGGCCUGACUCCUCAAGCGCCUCAUCUCCCGCUGUUUUUCCAGGGCUCCCACCCACCAUGCCUAACCUCUGCCAGACCCUCAGCAGGGAAAAGUAUUUCUCCUGUAACCCCAGGCAGAUGCCCCACGGCCAUGACUUGGACCUCCCUGGCUGGCAGAGCCCUGGAGAGCAUCUGAUGGAGUGACACAGGCACCCCUGGGCGCUCCAAGGCAUUGUCCCCACCAAAGCUUGCCAGGCUUCCUGCUCUUCCUCCACUGUUAGGGAGAGAUGAGGGCACAGGUGAUCGCAGUGGCCUGUGAAGAAGAGGUGGCAGGAGCAGGUGAGCUGGCUAAGGAAGCAGAGCACAUGUUCAAGACCAAUCAAGGGGCGAUGGUUUGAGCAGGGAUGGUUGCCAAGGGCCCUCCCUCCCUGAAGGUGGCUCAGGGCAGCUCAGUUUGCAGUUGUGAGAUUUGGGGCUUCUAGCAUUGGCCCCUAGGACAAGGUACAGUUCACAGGCACCCUCAGCGACAGAGCUAGGAGGGUUUUCAGACAUCACCCAGUACUUUCACACAUGGGAUGAUGUCUGUACUGUACCUCUUCAGAAGGGUGAGACAGAGCAGUCUAGUUCCAGAAAAGUUCUUACUUUCAGCCCCUCAGAGACACAUACAGGCAUGCGCUCACACGCAGAAUCCGGAAGGCUUUCUCUUGGCUCAAGCCUCUCGUUGCUUCCCAUACAGAGCCCCCCUGGGUGAAGACUGGGGUGGCUUCUCUCCCUGUGCGGCUGCCUCUCCAGGUCUCUGAGUGUUUUAUUUCCCCAGGGUCCUUUGAUCUCUGAGGCAAAUGUCAGACCCUCUCCAUUUCUAGGUGCCAGUCUCAGCCUGACCCCAGGACUGGGGCUAAGAGAGUCAGGGGGUCUUGUCAGGACUGUUUCUUUUCAAAGAACCUUGUUUUAUUACCAUGGCUUGGUUUGUGCCAUGUCCCUGCCUUAUGUGGGUGCAAAACAAAGGCCUGAUGAGAGGAAAAGCCUUGCCCUUGGCCCCUCAGUCUGUCUAGGCCAACUCCGAGCUAGAACCCAGGACUCCAGACUUCCAGUUUCCUUUUUCUUUUUAUCAGCUUCAGGCAAGCAAGUGUAAGUCCUUUAGGCCAGGACUUUGUGGAUUAUGGUGCCUGGACAGGAUAAGCCAGGAUGGGUAGCCGGAAGCCCCUCCUACCCAUUACUCCUGGGGCAGGCAAGGGGUAUAACUGGGGACAACGCUAGUGUUUCCAACAGUGGUAAAUGUGGGCUCCCCUGAUAAUUCUCUGGUUCCCUCAAACACCGCAUUUACUGAGUCAGAGGCCAUAGUUCCCCCACCCCAAGUGUCUCUGCUCAAACGGCAGAGGCUGUGACUGGGCUCCUGGGCACAGGGUGGGCCAUGGCCUGGCCAGCUGAUGCCCCUGGUCUCUGCCCAACAGCCACCCGCCUGCCCCUACAUGGCGACCUUUUUUAGGAGACACUUCCAGCGGAAGGCCCCAGGCCCUGGAGAGGGGCAGCGGCGUCCCAGCGGUGUGGGGCUGCCCACAGGCAAGGCCCGGCGCCGCUCCCCAGCUGGGCAGGCCUCUUCCUCGCUAGCCCAGCGGCGCCGCUCCAGUGCACAGGUCCAGGGCUGCCUCCUGGGCUGUGGGAUGCGGGCCCGGGGCACCAGCCGCCGCCGAUCCAGCACUGCACCCCCCGCCUGCAACCCCCGCUUCACCGUGGAUGAGGUGCCCAUCCCACCGCCUGCCAGUGUGGGGGCACAGCUUCUGGGUGCACCCCUGCCGUUGGCCAAGCUUGUAGGCAUGAGUGAAGAGGAGGAGGAGGAAAAGGAAGGGGUCCAGGAGGAGGAUGUGAAAGUUGCAGCGUUGAGUUCCACUCAGCAAGGCACCAAGAGACCAGGGUCACCCCCGUACCGGGGCAUCCGGCCCCUUCUGCCCGUGCCGCGUUGUCUGCGCCGAGCCUCCUCCCACCUACUCCCUGCCGAUGUGGUGUACGACCGCGCCCUCUGGGGCCUGCAUGGUUGCUAUCGGCGCCUCAGCCAGCACCCUGGCCUUGGGAGCCGAAGAGCCUCAGGCACCACAGCUGGCCCUGCGAUGCCCGCCCGUGUGCGCCCCCUCUCCCGCAGGCGCCAGGUAGCCCUGCGGCGCAAGUCGGCCGGACCCCAGACCUGGAGCGCCCUGCUCGCGAAAGCCAUCACCAAGUCAGGCCUCCAGCACCUGGCACCCCCUGCUCCUGCUCCUGGGGCCCUGUGCAGCGAGCCAGAGCGGCAGAUCCGGAGCACUGUGGACUGGAGCGAGUCGGCGACGUAUGGGGAGCACAUCUGGUUUGAGACCAACGUGUCAGGGGACUUCUGCUAUGUUGGGGAGCAGUACUGUGUAGCUAAGAUGCUGCAGAAAUCAGUGUCCAGGAGAAAGUGUGCAGCCUGCAAGAUCGUGGUGCACACUCCCUGUAUUGAACAGCUGGAGAAGAUAAAUUUCCGCUGUAAGCCAUCCUUCCGUGAAUCAGGCUCCAGGAAUGUUCGUGAGCCAACAUUUGUGCGGCACCACUGGGUACACAGGCGACGCCAGGAUGGCAAGUGUCGGCACUGCGGGAAGGGCUUCCAGCAGAAGUUUACCUUCCACAGCAAGGAGAUCGUGGCCAUCAGCUGCUCCUGGUGCAAGCAAGCAUACCACAGCAAGGUGUCCUGCUUCAUGCUGCAGCAAAUAGAGGAGCCGUGCUCCCUAGGGGUCCAUGCUGCCGUGGUCAUCCCGCCUACCUGGAUCCUCCGUGCCCGCAGGCCCCAGAACACCCUGAAAGCAAGCAAGAAGAAAAAGAGAGCAUCCUUCAAGAGGAAAUCCAGCAAGAAAGGGCCCGAGGAGGGCCGCUGGAGACCCUUCAUCAUCAGGCCCACCCCAUCCCCCCUCAUGAAGCCCCUGCUGGUGUUUGUGAACCCCAAGAGUGGGGGCAACCAGGGCGCUAAAAUCAUCCAGUCCUUCCUCUGGUAUCUCAAUCCCCGGCAAGUCUUUGACCUGAGCCAGGGCGGGCCCAAGGAGGCGCUGGAGAUGUACCGCAAAGUGCACAACCUGCGGAUCCUGGCGUGCGGAGGCGAUGGCACCGUCGGCUGGAUCCUGUCCACCCUGGACCAGCUGCGCCUCAAACCGCCACCGCCUGUUGCUAUCCUGCCCCUGGGUACUGGCAAUGACUUGGCCCGCACCCUCAACUGGGGCGGGGGCUACACGGAUGAGCCCGUGUCCAAGAUCCUCUCCCACGUGGAGGAAGGGAACGUGGUGCAGCUGGACCGCUGGGACCUCCGCGCGGAGCCCAGCCCAGAGGCAGGGCCUGAGGAGCGUGAUGAGGGGGCCACUGACCGGCUACCUCUGGAUGUCUUCAACAACUACUUCAGCCUAGGCUUUGAUGCCCAUGUCACACUGGAGUUUCACGAGUCUCGAGAGGCCAACCCAGAGAAAUUCAACAGCCGCUUUCGGAACAAGAUGUUCUAUGCUGGGACAGCCUUCUCCGACUUCCUGAUGGGCAGCUCCAAGGAUCUAGCCAAGCACAUCCGAGUGGUGUGUGACGGAACUGACCUGACCCCCAAGAUUCAGGACCUGAAACCCCAGUGCAUUGUUUUCCUGAACAUCCCCAGGUACUGCGCGGGCACUAUGCCUUGGGGCCAUCCAGGGGAUCACCACGACUUCGAGCCCCAGAGGCACGAUGACGGCUACCUCGAAGUCAUUGGCUUCACCAUGACGUCCCUGGCAGCGCUGCAGGUGGGUGGGCAUGGCGAGCGGCUGACGCAGUGCCGUGAGGUGGUGCUCACCACGUCCAAGGCCAUCCCAGUGCAGGUGGACGGCGAGCCCUGCAAGCUCGCUGCCUCCCGCAUUCACAUCGCCCUGCGCAACCAGGCCACCAUGGUGCAGAAGGCCAAGCGGCGCAGCACUGCCCCCCUGCACAGCGACCAGCAGCCAGUGCCUGAGCAGCUUCGGAUCCAGGUGAGCAGGGUCAGCAUGCACGACUAUGAGGCCCUGCAUUACGACAAAGAGCAGCUCAAGGAGGCUUCUGUGCCACUAGGCACUGUGGUGGUCCCAGGAGACAGUGAUCUAGAGCUCUGCCGCGCCCACAUUGAGAGGCUCCAGCAGCAGGACCCUGAAGGUGCUGGAGCCAAGUCCCCGACGUGCCAGAAACUGUCCCCCAAGUGGUGCUUUCUGGACGCCACCACUGCCAGCCGCUUCUACAGGAUCGACCGGGCCCAGGAACACCUCAACUAUGUGACUGAGAUCGCACAGGACGAGAUUUAUAUCCUGGACCCAGAGCUGUUGGGGGCAUCAGCCCGGCCUGACCUCCCAACUCCCACUUCCCCUCUCCCCUCCUCCCCCUGCUCACCUACGCCCCGGUCACUGCCAGGGGAUGCUGCUGCCCCUAAAGGUGAAGAGCUGGUUGAGGCUGCCAAGAGGAACGACUUCUGUAAGCUUCAGGAGCUGCACCGAGCUGGGGGUGACCUCAUGCAUCGUGACGAUCGAAGUCGCACACUCCUGCACCACGCGGUCAGCACCGGCAGCAAGGAAGUGGUCCGCUACCUGCUGGACCACGCCCCCGCAGAGAUCCUUGAUGCUGUAGAGGAAAAGGCCCCAAACUUCCUGCCCUUUCUUAUGGCCCUCGGGAGACAGACGGGAGGGCCCAGAGGACUGGAUGGGGUCCACAGCCAGCUCCUGUGCCCCCAGCGGGGAGACCUGUCUACACCAGGCCGCGGCCCUGGGCCAGCGCACCAUCUGCCACUACAUCGUGGAGGCUGGGGCCUCGCUCAUGAAGACAGACCAGCAGGGCGACACUCCCCGGCAACGGGCAGAGAAGGCUCAGGACACGGAGCUGGCCGCCUACCUGGAGAACCGGCAGCACUACCAGAUGAUCCAGCGGGAAGACCAGGAGACGGCUGUGUAGCUGAGGCCAACGCAGAGGAGGGACAGGACUGGCCAGAGCAUGACCCGCCUCCUCACCCACCUCACUGCCACAUUCCAGUGAGACAGCCACGGGGGGACCCAUGUCCCGGGGAAGGAGCCCCGUGCUGCCCCCUGAAGAGCCGCCCAGACCUAGGGCUGGACUCUGAGGAGCUGCAGCACCUCACCUGAGCCCCAGCCCAACCUGGAGGCUCACAGAGGAGCAAGAAGCUGGACCUGACUGGGCAGGCCUUGAGUGGCUGGGCCAGGCGGAGUGCCCUCCCUGGAGUUUAGGGGCCAGAGGGGAAGGGCAGAGGGGCUUGAAGCCCUGUCAGGGAGCCUUCCUAAACCACCUGGUCCUUUAGGGCCCCUGCUGAGGCUCCGGGGAGCUCACCCCCUUCUCCUGCCCUGAUCCCACCUGCCCCAGGAAUUCCUCCUGGAAACCUGCCGCACUUGCCUGCCCCCUGCCCUGCUUGGCACCUACCCCUCUGACCCUCCCCAGUCAUUUCAUUGCAGACUGUGUGGCCUGGGGGUUAGGGUGGGGUUCUCAAGGUGACAUGUUUACAGCUGGGUGUGACUCAGUAAAAGUGGAUUUUUUUCCUU